CUCGCUCCGCCCCCAACUCAAAGGUCUCCAAAUGGAGUUGGGGAAGUGCACCAAAGCGCGAUUUGUGAGAGUUUAACCGCACUCCGCCCUUUUGUAUUCAGAUAAACUUUGUAAAAGACAUGCUCGGCUGUUUGUGGUGAGUUCACGGUCACCCGCAACGGGGCAGGAACCAUGCGCUCGUUGCGUUCAGAGCCCUCGCUGCUGUGGCUCCUCGCCGUUGUUUUGACAGCUCGCGUGAGAGAAGGCGCGGCGAAACCGAAACUGAUCGAAUACGGUUCUGCGUGCGACUCCCGAGACAACGAGCUCACCUCGAGGCCCAGCACGACCCCCUCCCCGGACGGGCCGCAGCCGGGGGACCUCGCCGCCGCGUUCAGCGUCCCGACUCUGGACGGGGAGUUCUCCUACCAGCCCGGCGGCGGCGGCGGCGGCGGCGCGCGGCCGGGACCUCUCAUCGUACACGCCUUCUCCAACAAGUCGGCCUUCCUGGAGUGCAUGUGGAGCUCGGAGUCGUCCCUGAUCAGCCUGGUGGAGGAGCUGCCCAACAGCACCCAGGUGCUGUUCCUGUCCCUGGACGACUCGGCGGUCAGCGACGCGCUGUGGAUGAGGGAGCAGCUGCAGCGGGUCGCCGUGCUCAGGAAUAAGGAGGUUCUGUCCAGACUGCACUUCUCCCCGGUGCCGGUCUUCGCUUUGGGCAACUGGAUCCCCAACGUGCUCUACUACUGGCGCGGCAGUGUCUUCUCCCAGGUCGUCUUCAAAUCCGAGGGCUGGAAAAUGCCCAUCAUCGCCAAGAGACUAAACGCCCGGUACGACUGGCUCGCGGCGCGCCCCGAGCCGGCGUCGUACCGGCUGGUGGGGGCCGGCGACGGGUGUGAACCGUCCCCCUCGGUGGCGGGGGCUCUGGCCUGGGUGUCCGAGGGCAACUGCUCUUUCUUCACCAAGGUGCAGAGCAUGGCCCGGUCCAACGCCUCCGGUGUCCUCGUCUACGCUCUCCCAGGUCGCCCCAUCCAGGACAUGAACUGCGUCGGGGACGACUGCGACGUCACUCUGAACAUCCUCGCCGCCAUGGUGCACCCGGAGGCUUCCGUGGCUCAGGCGCUCGAGCGCGGGCAGCCGGUGUUUGCGUCCUUCCAGAUCACCCCGUCCCCAACUUUCUUCAUCGGGAUUGACCACCAGGGGGCGCUGGCUGAGAUGGGCUGGUUUAUUUACCCCUCGUUCAGCUUCGUCAACUGGCAGGCGCAGUGGUUUGAUUUCCACGCAGAUCUGCAGACCAAACUUCAAAGUCCUGCAAAGGUCGUUUCUGUUUUUGACAAAGUGCAAAUGCAUGGAGAGAAGGGAGCGGUGGCCACAGUCCACCUGCCGAUAGCCCUGUCGGACUUUGACACGCUCCAGCUGGACGCGUCCCUGUCGUGUCCCGGCCGGAGGGACUCGUCCUGCGCCCACUGGGAUCACACGGUGCAGCUGCUCGUGUGCUGCGACCCUCUGGGCCCGUACUGCAACACCGAGCUGGGCCGAUGGAUCACCGCCUUCCGCAGAGGCACCGGGCGCUGGCUGACGGACGUGUCCCCUCUGAUCCCCCUGCUGGACAGCAGCAGAUGCACCCUGACCAUGAAGACCCCCCCCUGGGCCAUGCCCUGGAUGGUCUCCCUCAACCUGCGGUUCAGCCUCAGCCAUCGGACAGAUUCUGAAGCAGAGACGCUCCGCCCCUUCACGGCGAUGCCGCUGUACGGCGGGGGAACCUUCGACCAGAAAUACAACAAGAGGCACCGGCCGGCCAAAGUGUCCGUCCCGCCAUCCGCCAAAAAGGUGGAGCUGUACGCCGUCAUCACGGCCCACGGCUACGACGACAACCACUGCGGGGAGUUUUGCGUCACGUCCCACCACUUCCUGAUCAACGGCGUGUUCAACAACACCCUCGCGUUCGACUCCGCAGGGACGCCUCUGGGCUGCACCCUGCGGGUGCGAGAGGGCGCGGUGCCCAACGAACACGGCACGUGGCUUUACGGACGGGGGGGCUGGUGCGACGGACUGCAGGUGGACCCCUGGAGGACGGACGUCACUGAGCAGCUGAACAUGAGCCCGUUGGAAUCCAACACGGUUGUCUACGUCGGCUUGUUCCAGGGGAGGGAUCCCAAUCCGUCGAAGGAGCCCGGAUACAUCAUCAUGUCUUCUUUUCUUGUCUUUUACAAAUGAUGCCUGCAUGUAAGGUUAGGACGCAAAUUGAUGGGAGUUUGAAUGUCAAAUUAUUAAAUGUAUAUUUUUCCUACUGUUUUAAAAAUAUUGUUUAUAUUACUCUAGCUCCUGUUUCAUUAAUGUGGAACAAACGCAACCCUUUGGGGUAAAGGAACUCCGAUGGAAGUGAAAAAAAAACUCGCCUCGCCUAUUAACUGCACUAUAGGCUGAGUCCUUGUUUAUCUGAAACGUGCACUUUAUCAUUUUAUUUUGUACCACACUGUUUGGCAAUGUGUUUUUUUCAGUAAAAUAAAACAUUUGAAUGAAGCAAGCCAA